UCUUGUUGCUCCCAGAAGCCACAUGGCUUUCCGCCCCUUCUUCUCCCCCUCCCCACAGCCUUGCGGGUUGAGAAAAGGAUUCUAGAUUCCCCCCAAGAAAGUUGGUAUCUGUUGGUUGUGCUGGUUGAGACCUCCGAGAGUAGCCGCUGCUCCACGUUUAUAUUCUGACCUGAGGCUGGGCUCCCCUCUCAAGUUUCCCCAUACCCUCUUAGAGCUCUUACUAUUAUUAUUUGGUUUUGCUUCCCUCUUUUCUGCGUAGAGGAGACAGAGCACUGCGCGUAGGAGCUUCCUUCUUGGAUUGUCCUGGUUUGCGUCCCCAUUGAAGAACUUUCCACAUUCAACCCCAGUUCUUUCCUCUCUUCCAAGUGACCUAUUUUUCAGAGAGCAAAGCUUUUAUUACUUCUAAUCAUGCUGGUUCAAUUUAUUUCAGUACGCAGUUUUGAGUGUCAGGAAGCUUUCCUUCCUGUCUUGGUGUCAGCUACAGCCGAAUGAGCAACGUAGGUGGAAUUUCUCCACUUCCUUUGAAAAUGUUCUCAGGCUUUCUGUUUAACCCAGACUUUUCUAAUGUUCUGAGCCAGGCUUCCCCAGACCGGCACCUUCCAGACACGUUGGAACUGCAACUCCCAUCACCCUCAACUAGGCUGGAGAGAGGUCCUCCAGAUGAGGAACUGUCUUUCACCGUAGUUCCUGAAAGCACACAGGAUGCAGAGAAAGGGUGGGGAGAGUCACCUUGGGAAAGUUCAGGAUGCGGAGGAGGAAAUGAGUUAGAUGUGAUUGGUGGAAGGUGCUGCAUCUUGGAAGUAAAGGAAGGUGCUUCCUAGUUCAGCUAGGAUGGGCUGGACUAAAAGUUGCCUUGGGGAAAUUGCAAGUAUUUUUAAAACUAGCUUAUAUAAUGUGUGCUAAGUACAGCCCAGCAGUCAUGUGUAUCAGUUGAGCAAGGACCUGGGAAUUCUCUGGCCUGAGUGUCUUUCCUGAAACCACAUCCAUGGCUGAUGAGCCCUGAUGGACCAUGUUCCUAGAGAGCGCUUUCAGUGUAGUGGGCCAUUUUAAGGCUUAAAACAAGGUUCUUGGGGGUUUGCUUUCAAUCAAGAAAAGUAGGCAUCUUCCCUCCAGUUGAGGUCUUGAUCCAUUGAACUCACUGACACUGAUAGCAGGUCUCAACCAGGAAUCAUUCCAGACUUGGGACACCAGAGAUGUUACUGUGACUUCCUUUCAUACUUGUACAACUAAUGGUGGCAGUCCCUAAUAAUUGCCCCACAAACACAGUACUAUGGCACACCCAUGAAGAGGAAUCUGUGGAUUGUCAGAGUCCUCCGACUGAAUCUCUUCAUCAUGGCACCGCCAACACUUUUGCCCCACAUAGCUACCUCUAUAGGGUUUGAUGCCACCAUCUUGUUCAGUAGCGGUUAACAGGUGCUCCCGCUUUUAUUAACAUAUUGAUUAAUCAUUAAUUGACCUGGAGGGACAGCUUCAGCAGCUGUGGGCACGGCGGGAGCAUGUGACAAUGUAGUAAUUUCAGAAUUGGCCAUGGGCCUAUCUCACACACUGUCCUCUUGCGUUUACAUCUUGCCCUUCCCCCAGCAUGGUGCUCUCCAGAUCUCUUGAUAGGACAGCCACUGGCUAAAGCUGACCUGGUUAGUAGGCCGCUCCAAACUCCAACAAGACUCAAGUUUAGCCACUGGAGGCAUUUGUGGUGCCUCCGUUACAAGGGAAGACUUCCAUGGAUGUGAUUUUAGGAAGCAGCCUUAGGUUUCCCAGUGGGAUUUUGGAACCUGCAGAUGCUCCUUCGCUGAAACGAUGAGUUUCUCCACCGUCUCGCUUCUUUGCUGCAGGAAGAUUAAUGUGAGACCUGCACACACUGAGAAGUGUCUUGGCACCAAGUGUGAUGGGAGUUGCGUGUGGCAAUUUUAGAAACACCCUACUGAGCUAACAGAGCUGUCAUGCAAAUUGGGCAGCUGCAGCCAUGAACUCUCAUGUUCCUUCUUCCCCCUUGGCUCUCCGUGGCAGUCUUUUUGGAGGAGAAUUCUGCAUUUUAGGGUGUUCUAGGGUUGGCUUAUAAGCACUGUCAAACAUUUUUUACCUUGCUUUCUUUUCCCCCCAAGGGCUCCUUUUCUAUGGAAUAACCUCGUUUGCUGUUAUCUGCCGACAUACCAAAGGUCUCUUUCUAUCUUUAGCCUGCAAAUUGUGAUCCCUUCCUUGUCGCUCCUUUUUACAACCAUCAUAUGAUUGUCUGCAGAUUUGGCCGCCUGGACGUUACAAAAGGUCAUUGCAGAUGGUGGCAGGAUGUCCUUACUAACACUUAGAAAAUCGUAAAAGCCGGAGAUAAGGAUCUGGAUGGCCAGCUGGACUUUGAGGAAUUUGUUCACUAUCUCCAAGACCAUGAGAAGAAACUGAGGCUGGUUUUCAAGAGUUUGGACAAAAAGAAUGAUGGUCGCAUUGAUGCUCAGGAGAUCAUGCAGUCUCUUCGCGAUCUGGGCGUCAAGAUCUCUGAACAGCAGGCAGAGAAAAUUCUCAAGAGCAUGGAUAAAAACGGGACGAUGACAAUUGAUUGGAACGAAUGGAGGGAUUAUCACCUCUUGCACCCAGUGGAGAAUAUUCCUGAGAUUAUCCUGUACUGGAAACAUUCAACGAUUUUCGAUGUGGGGGAGAAUCUCACCGUCCCAGAUGAAUUCACGGUGGAAGAGAGGCAGACGGGGAUGUGGUGGCGGCACCUGGUGGCAGGUGGAGGUGCAGGCGCUGUGUCAAGGACUUGCACUGCUCCUCUGGACCGGCUGAAAGUGCUCAUGCAGGUCCAUGCUUCUCGCAGUAACAACAUGUGCAUCAUUGGAGGGUUUUCCCAGAUGAUCCGAGAGGGUGGCCCAAGGUCCCUUUGGCGUGGCAACGGCAUCAACGUCUUGAAGAUCGCUCCGGAAUCAGCUAUCAAAUUCAUGGCUUAUGAACAGAUCAAGCGCUUUAUUGGCACGGACCAAGAGGUGUUGAGGAUUCAUGAGAGGCUGGUGGCAGGCUCGUUGGCUGGAGCCAUUGCACAGAGCAGCAUCUACCCCAUGGAGGUUCUGAAAACCCGGAUGGCCCUGCGUAAAACAGGGCAGUACUCAGGGAUGCUGGACUGUGCUAAGAACAUCCUUGCCAAAGAAGGACUGGCUGCUUUCUACAAGGGCUACAUUCCCAACAUGCUGGGGAUCAUCCCAUAUGCUGGAAUUGACCUGGCUGUUUAUGAGACGCUAAAAAACAGCUGGUUGCAGCAUUACGCAGUGAACAGUGCAGACCCUGGUGUCUUUGUCUUGUUGGCCUGUGGUACCAUCUCGAGCACUUGCGGGCAGUUGGCCAGUUACCCCCUUGCUUUGGUACGGACACGAAUGCAGGCUCAAGCUUCAAUUGAAGGAGCUCCGGAGGUGACCAUGAGGGGCCUCUUCAAACACAUCCUGAAGACAGAAGGAGCGUUUGGGCUCUACAGGGGCUUGGCCCCCAAUUUCAUGAAGGUGAUCCCCGCCGUGAGCAUCAGCUACGUGGUCUACGAGAACUUGAAGAUGACUCUGGGGGUGCAGUCUCGGUGACCACCAUGUGGCCUCUGGACUCUUGAAUCCUUAACCAAGCCUUGGGGCUGCGGCUCCAGGGCGAGUGGCCAUUUCAUUCUGUGAAUGGGUUGAAGACACUAAGUUGCGUGAGCCAAGCUGUGAAACUCCCAGGCCGAGAGGGGCUGGGAGGACAAGGGGUGGGGGCUUUUAUCUUUGUGUUGCUGACAGAAGCACUAGGGGCAUCCUCCCCAGCGGGGAAGGACCAAACCAAGACACCCCCCCCGCCCCCCAGGCCGGGAGACUGUCACAAGCCGCUUGGUGGAAGCUUGGCUUCUAAGGUAGCAGAAGAAGUGGGACAACCGCGACCCACUCCUUCAAAGCCUCUUAUGCCAUUUCAGAGCAGGAGAAUAGAUCACCUUCCAUCUUGGCUUCUUCCGUUGGGCUGUUAACGUUUAAAUCCCCAAAAAGACCUGCCUUAGUUAGAAAUGGCUACUGAGCCGGAAAAAAGAAAAAGAAAAGAAAAAGUUAAAAAAAAAAGUUGCUGUUUACAUAACAUUCUGCUGGGUGAGAGUGAUUUGCAUUCUACUUUGCAAUCCUGACAAUGUAAUUUUUAUUUAAAACAAAACAAAACCCAGGCCUGAGGGCAAGGAAUGUUACUUUUUUUUUUUUUCCUGCCCCCCCCAAAGCUAGUCAGGCAGAGCCGAAAUGUUUUCACGGGCUCUGCUGCUGCUGAACGAGAUGCACUUAUUACGACGUCUGAACAUUUGAGUGCCCCAAAGGCGUGUCUCUUCGCUGCUGAUUGGGGGGGAGAAAGAAAGAAAGAAAGAAAGAAAUUUCUACUUCCUAUUGUAACAUUUUUGCUUUGGCUGUUCAGGGCCGCCAGUUCCUCUCUUUGGAAACUCUGACCACGUGGCCGCCCCGUCUUUCUUUAGGCCCUCUAGAUCUUGAUAGACGGACGCCAACGCGUGCGUUCAGGGUGGGCGAGUGGGGUUACAGGCUUUGGGUAACAAGUAGCGUUUGCUACAGGGAGCAAAAGGGGUUAACUGACAAUGGAAAAAACGUCGUCUUUGUGGGGGAAUGGAAAGGGUGAACUGCCUAGGGUUUUUUCCCUCCUCCGGCGAGGCGCUUGUCCCAGGAGAAGGGAAACGCGUAGCAGCCGUAUUUAUGACUCUCCCAAGGGCUGGUCAGUCCUCUUGGGGGGCCAGGGAAAUGUUUCUCUGACUUUUUGGAGGCCAGCUUCUCAUUCCACUCUUGUUUUUACUGCUUCAAAGCAUAUUUAUUUUGUAUUUAUUUGGAAGGCGAGGCCUGCUCGCCGAUCUAUUUUUAUAGACUUGUAGAGUUAUUUGUGUCUUUCGUCUUCUGUAUUUUUGUAGAGGUUCUCUGUAUUUAUGUUCUUAAAAACCAUUUUGCACGUUGUAACUUAACUUGGAAUCCCCGGCGGAAGAGGAGGGAGCCCCGCUGUCCUCCUCCGACGGCUCGGUUUUCCCUUCCAUGAGCAGCGCUGCCUGUUUUGCAUUUGAGGUCGACUGAACCACUGAGUCAGGAGGGAAGAAUUUGGGAAAAGGAGGAGGGGGGCUGGUGACGGUGAGGGGAACCUUGUUUUCACUUGAACCAGGGUCGGAAUGACCUCCUUUUUAGCUUCCUUGGGGAUUGGGGCUGGUUGAUGCCCCAACCACGUGUGGGGUUUUAUUGAUGUUUUCUUCUUUGAUAAUGAAAAGGGCUGAUUGGACUCUAGAGGAAAAUCUCAGGGAGACAAAAUAACAAAAAACCACGAGGUGCCAGUUUUGUUAAUGCACGGAAGGCCAUUUGCACUCGGAGGGAAGCUGUUGCUGAUUGCCAGGCAGCUGGGUGCCCUGCCACAGGGGCUGUUCCAAACGCACAAAGCCGUUUUCAAGGAGAAGCGACGAUCUCCGAAAGCAGCAGUGACCCAGAUGCCCCCCCCACCCCCAGAUGCUCCAUGUCCUGAAAGUCUGGUCCAAUGGGGGGUGGUGGAAGUUUUGAGCGUUGCCUUCUGUGCUAGAAUGAUCUGCUUGUUGGGACCAUCUGCAUGCUUGUCUCGAGUUUCUGUCUGGAUCAGUGAUACGACUGUGUCCCCCACUUGCUCUUUUUAUGAGUUGCUGUGUUGUCUAGGCAGCCCUUCCUUCCUUACCAUUGGUGGCCUGGAGAGAGUAUUCGGAGCAUGCAAAUCAAUGCAAAAUCGACUGUCUUUGUAGCUGUAACCCGGGUUUAUGAAGAGCAAAUGUAAGAAAAAUCCAGAAGUCUUUGAUGGUAGGGAACAGUUUGCUAAUAAAGGUUUAUCAUGCUAAUA